UUUCACGCUACUGCUGAUAGUAGAGUUCAACGAUUUCAGAAACACUCCAACUUUUUCAACGCUAGAGAACUCACCGGUCUCCGUCAUUGUCAGAGUGCAGGUCAACUGGUGCACAGCCUGAUUGUGCUUCACCGCGAACGCCAUCAGAGAGCCGAUAUAGCCGCUCUUCUUGAAGUCAAAUCUGAAACUGAAACUUAUUUGACAGGAGAAAAAGAAAUACACACUUUCCUCUUCCCUCUUCCGAUCAUCGGCAUGUAACAUACUUCUACCUCUGUACUGCUGCUUCACUGUCAACCCCCACCACAUUCACAAUAAGCCCGGCUGGUUGACGAGCAGGGGUGUCUCCAUCUCGGCUACGUUAUCAUAUCUGAUAAUCUGAUCCUUCCCCUCCUCCCGAUCUGCCUCCAGUGGUGAAUAACUUUCGAUUUACUUUGAAAAGAAGGUUCUCAACUAUUCGCUCCGUCCUCGGUCAUCUCUCUCCCAUGAUAACUUGGGUUUAUCAAUACAACCACAAGUUCGCUCUGGUAUCCAACACACUUUCAUCCUCCCUUUCAUGACCAUCACCACAAUCCUCUCACCAUGACAGUCAACGUCUUCUCCGUCCCCGUAUUCUUCGUGGUCUUUCGCGAGACUCUCGAAACCGCCGUCAUCGUUUCGGUCCUCCUCGCCUUCCUCAAACAAACUCUCGAUGGUCCUUCUCGAGACCCAGUCGUCUACAAGAAACUUUUCAAACAAGUUCGUCCUACAUUUCCCUCUUUCGGAAAUAUCUACUGACAAAAGAUUCAGGUCUGGUAUGGAACGGGAUUCGGUCUUUUAAUCUGUCUCGUAAUCGGCGGCGGCCUCAUCGGCGCCUUCUACGGCAUAGGAAAAGACAAAUGGUCCGGCACAGAAUACUACUGGGAAGGCGCAUUCUCCAUCUUCGCCUCGCUGGUAAUUAGUAUCAUCGGCUGGGCUCUCCUCCGCGUCUCCAAAAUGCAAGACAAAUGGCGUGUAAAGCUUGCUAAAGCCCUGGAAGAGAAACCCGUCACCACAGAUGGAAGAAAGGGCGCGUUCAAGAGAUGGUGUGAGAAGUAUGCCAUGUUCAUGCUUCCUUUCAUUACGGUUCUCAGAGAGGGCCUUGAGGCUGUGAUCUUCAUUGCUGGUGUCUCUUUCUCAAGUCCGGCUAGUGCUGUGCCGUGCCCUGUGGUUGUCGGUCUAAUUGCUGGGUUUGCAGUCGGCUAUUUGCUUUAUAAGUAUGUCCUUACCCCGCGAGUAUACACAUCCUUGAAGAAGUGCUAACACAAAACAGAGGAGGAGCCUCAAGCAAACUCCAACUCUUCCUCGUCGUCUCAACCUGCCUCCUCUACCUCGUAGCCGCCGGCCUCUUCUCCAAGGCAAUCUGGUACUUCCAACAACAAGAAUGGAACAAGGUCGUCGGCGGCGACGCGGCCGAAGUCGGUGCCGGUGCGGGAUCCUACGAUAUCGAUCGCUCGGUAUGGCACGUCAACUACGGUAAUCCCGAAUUGAACGGUGGCGGCGGAUGGGGCAUCUUCAACGCCAUCUUUGGAUGGCAGAAUAGCGCUACGUAUGGAAGUGUCAUCUCCUACAACGUCUACUGGAUUGCGGUCAUCACUGGCUUUGUGGUUAUGCGGUACAAGGAGGUUCAUGGACGGUUCCCGUUUGCGAAGAAGAAGAGUGAGGCGGCGGCGCCGUUGGACAGAGCGGGUAGUGAGAGUAGUCUUGAGCAGGGACACAAGGUGGGGAAGACUAGUGCGACCGUGGAGGCGGUGUCGUCGAAGGAGAUUCGGGAAUGAGAAUGAGUUGUUGAUAGGGAGCACCCUACUUUCGAUGAUAGAUUGAGCUUCGCUUGGACGUGAGACUUGGCCUAAAAUUCCU